AUGACGACGCCCGAGGUCACGUCGCGCGCCGAAGCGAUCGCGGAGGCGGUCCCGCCCGCGCCGGACGCGCCCGCCGCUCGCGACGCGACCAAGGCGGCGGAGUCCACCGCGGCGCCCGCGUCCGAGGAGAAGAAGAAGAAGAAGAAGAAGAAGACGACGACGACGAUCGACGGCGGCGGUACCGGCGACGACGAGAAGGUCGACGAGGGCCCGCCGAAGAAGCCGGAGACGCCGCGCGUGCCAAAGCCCGAUCGCCGCGAGCUCGACCGCGACGUCCAGAUCCUCCAGGCGGCCGCGGACGAGCAGCAGGCGCGGAUCGAGGCGCUGAAGCGCAAGAUCGAGGCGAAGCGCGAGACGAAGAAGAGCAUCAGCCAAGGCGCCGCGGGGCCGCGCGCGCGGAUCGCGGAGCUGAACGCGGAGUUCAACGCUCGCAUGGAAGAGCGCAAGGCGAUCCGCGAGGAGCUCAACGCGAUCGACGCCGCGCGCGACAAGGCGCGCGAGCAGAGGACGACGACGCGCGCCAAACUCGGGAUGUUUCACACCGUCGACGCGGUCGAGUCGGAGAUCGCGCGCGUGGAGCGCACGCUCGGGCACACGACGAUGCCGAUCCAGGAAGAGAAGAAGAUGGUGAACGCGAUCAAAGACUUGACGAAGAGCAAAGAGCUCGUGCGGGAGUACCAGGAGAUGGCGGCGAAGGUCAACGCCGGGGAGGAGCGAAGGAAGCUCGCUUCGGAGCGCGUCAAGGCGAAGGACGCGGAGAUCACGGCGGUCAAGGCGGCCAUCGCGGCGGUCAAAUCGAGCCUCGAGGAGACGCGGAGCAGGGAGGAGAAGUCCGUGUCCGACGUUCCCGCGAUGCAGGAGGAGCGCAACGCGUGCUACGAGAUCAUCAAGGCGAAGCGCGAGGAGAUUCGGAAGCUCCGAGCGUCGUUCAAGAAGAAGGAGGAUCAGCACUGGGCGUCGGAGAAGAUUUGGCGCGCGUACGCGAAGUACGAGAAACAAAAGCAAUACGAAGCGAGCGCGGAGGAGCGGAAAGCGAGAGACGAGGCGAGGAAGAAAUGGGAGAGAGAGAACGCACCGGAGCCGUUCGAAGCCGAGGUCACCGCCGCGGAGCAGCUCAUCGCCUAUCUCGCCAAGUGGGACCCGAUGGGACGCGACGCGGAGGACGACGCCGCCAGGGCGGUGGCGGCGGCGGCGGCGGCGGCGGCGGAGGAAAAGAAAGCCGCAGCGUUCGAGGGUCUGAACAUCAUGAACAAGAAGAUGCACGACGACGACGACGACGACUUGUUCUCCUUGGGCGGGUCGUCCGUCGGGAAGAAGGGGAAGAAGAAGGGGAGGUCCGGGGACAAGAGCGGCGGCGGCGGCGGCGGCGGAGCCGAGAAGAACUCGAACGAGCGUCUGAACAUCUCCUUCGACGCGUACUCGCACUUCGCGAAGCUGUCGCUGACGGCGCCGCAGCUCGUGCGGGAGGUCCCGGAGACGAUGAACGCGCUCAGAGAGAAGAAGGACGCGUUCUUGGAGAAGAGGAGGGCGAAGAAGGCGCGGAUCGAAGCCGGGUUGGACGACGACGACGACGAAGAGAAGAAGAAGGAGGCCAACAAGAGCGGCGGCGGCCGCGGGGAGAAGAAGGACGCGGCCGCGGGCGCGAAGCGCGAUAGGAAGAAAGGGCGGUCGAAGGGCGGCGCGAAAGGGCCCGUCGCGGUGACGCUGUCCGUGGCGGACGACGUCGUGACCGUGGAGCUGAACGUCGAGGAGAAGGAGGAGGUGAAGAGGGAAGACUGA